AUGCAGUUGGCAUUCUACUCCUUGAUCUUGACGGGCUUGACGACGGGGGCGUCCCGCGGAUCGCCUGAUGCUGCGCUGUCCGACCGCCAGGAAACUCAUGGAAUUUUUCACGGUUUCUCGUUCAACGUAUGGGUCAUGAUUUUCAACAACGCAAUAGGUGGGUUGCUGGUUGCCUUGGUCAUCAAGCAUGCCGACAACAUACUUCGUGGGUUUUCAACCGCUCUGGCCACGGUUCUGACAACGAUUCUGUCAGUCGUGUGCUUCGGCUUUGAAGUCCACAUCUCGUUCUUCUUCGGUGGUCUUCUGGUGGUGGGUAGUUCUUUGCUCUACGGAG